AUAGAGGAGGAGCGACAGUUUUAGAAGCCAAACGGGAAUAAAACAGUUGGGUGCGGGAGGCAAGACGAGUGCUCCCUCCAUCGCUUUGCUCUUCGGGAGGUUUCUAAAAGCAACCCGGAGAGGCGCGGUGAGUGGCAGGCGGCGGCCGGCGGUGGGGGCAUCGCCUCCAUUUUGCCCCCCCCUCCCCUGCCGGCCAUGUCGGAGUGGGUGUCCUACUACCGCGCCGAGCGGCCCGGCGACGACGAGGAGGAGCGGGAGGAAGGCGACGGCCAUGAGGAGGGCACGGAGGCGGCCGGGGACUACAGGUUCUCGGGCCGGGACAGCCUCAUCUUCUUGGUCGAUGCCUCCAAGGCCAUGUUCCAGCCCUGCGAGGACGAGGAAGCAGCGACGCCCUUUGACAUGACCAUGCAGUGCAUCCGGAACGUGUAUACCAGCAAAAUCAUUAGCAGCGACAGGGACCUGCUGAGUGUCGUGUUCUAUGGCACACAAACGAACAAGAACUCCGCGGACUUCAAGCACGUCUAUGUUCUUCAGGACCUGGACAAUCCAGGGGCAAAGCGAGUUCUAGAGCUGGACCAAUACAGGGGAGAAGAAGGACAGGCGCUUUUCCGUGAGACCUUUGGCCACAAUGCUGACUAUUCGCUGGGUGAAGCGCUCUGGGCCUGCUCUAAUCUGUUCAGCGAUGUCCGAGUCAGACUGAGCCACAAAAGGAUCAUGCUUUUCACCAAUGAGGAUAACCCUCACGCCAAUGACAGUGCCAAAGCCAAGCUGGCCAGGACCAGAGCUGGUGAUCUGAGGGACACAGGUAUUAUACUGGACUUGCUGCACUUGAAGAAGCCAGGGGGGUUCGAUAUCUCUUUGUUCUACAGGGACAUUAUAAAUGUAGCAGAGGAUGAGGACCUUGGGAUCCAACCUGACGAGUCAGGGAAAUUGGAACAUCUCAUGAAGAAAGUACGAGCAAAGGAGACAAGGAAAAGGACUUUAGUCAGGUUGAAUCUAUAUUUGAACAAAGAUCUGUCUCUUUCUGUUGGUGUUUACAAUCUUAUUCAAAAAGCUUACAAGCCAUAUCCAGUGAAGCUGUAUCGGGAAACUAACGAGCCAGUUAAAACAAAAACGAGGGUAUUUAAUGGAAAAACAGGCAGCUUGCUUCUGCCUAGUGAUACAAAAAGGGCUCAGGUGUAUGGGAACCGCCAGAUUGUGCUGGAGAAAGAGGAAACAGAAGAACUAAAACGAUUUGAUUCUCCAGGCUUGUUUCUGAUUGGCUUCAAGCCACUUUCAAUGCUAAAGCAGCACCACCAUAUCAAGCCCGCCCAGUUCAUCUAUCCUGAGGAGUCCCUAAUAAGUGGGAGUACAACUCUAUUUAAUGCCUUAUUGAUAAAGUGUUUGGAGAGAGAGGUGAUGGCGCUGUGCAGAUACACCAUCCGCCGGAACACCCCCCCCCGCUUUGUGGCCCUGGUUCCCCAGGAGGAAGAGGUGGAUGAACAGAAAGUGCAGAUAGCUCCUCCAGGUUUCCACGUCAUUUUCCUCCCGUAUGCAGAUGAUAAGCGGAAUGUUGAUUAUACAGAAAAGGUGCCAGCCAGUCAAGAACAGGUGAACAAAAUGAAGGAAAUCAUUCAAAAACUCCGGUUCAAAUACAGGACCGACAGCUUUGAGAACCCGGUUUUGCAGCAGCACUUCAGGAAUCUGGAGGCUUUGGCGUUGGAUAUGAUGGAACCAGAACAAGCUGAGGAUCUGACAAUGCCAAAGUCUGAAGAGAUGAGCCGCAGGCUGGGCAACUUGGUGGAGGAGUUCAAGCAGCUGGUUUAUCCUCCUGACUACAACCCUGACUGGAAGGCUGCAAAGCGAAAACAAGCCUAUGAUGGUGAAGCUGACAAGAGGCCCAAGAUAGAAAUCUCAGAAGAUUCGCUGAGAAGUUACAUGCAGGCUGGCACUCUAGGCAAGCUCACUGUACCUGCUCUGAAGGAUGCGUGCAGGCUUUAUGGGCUGAGGAGUGGGGGGAAGAAGCAGGAGCUCAUAGAUGCGUUAGCUGAAUACUUGAACAAGCACUAAGCGGGAACAGAAAGCCCUGGUUGACUUCCAUCUGCUUAAAGAUGUGAUUGUCUUAAGUGUAUGCUGAAUCUGUUCAGUCUUGCUAUGGAAAAGAAGGCUAACUGUUGCUGAAUCCAGCAGUGGAGAAACUUCCUUGUCAUUACAAAAAAUCUCUGCAAACUUGGAUUCUGUUCACAGUAGCCAAAGGCAGAAUUAAAUUUCCUGCUAAUUCAGGUCGCCCACUGAAAGCGAACACAGUUGUGCCUUCCUGGUUUCUUAAUAAAAGUUAUUUUGGACUUCUUUGCAACACCAGCUAUACCAUCUUUUCAUCAAAAAGACGGCAAAACUCACUUCAACGUGAGUAAGAAAGCAGAAUGAUCCGUGUUAGUGGCACCACGUGCAUUCAUGCAGCAGGUCAGGUCUGUGUGCUGACACAGGAUGUAAAUGUAGUGGGUUACUCUACUACUCUCCAAAACUGCCAGCAUUAGUACUUGUAAUCAAAAUUGGGUUCUUUUCUACCAUCGGCGUUAUAAAGAUUACCAGCAGAUCACAGAGGAGAAAAUCAUUGCUGGUGAUCAGUAGCCAACUGUUGGGGCAAAAUGCCAACGCUUCGUAAAGCUGCUCAGCCAGGUCUUCCAUUUUGAAGUGGCAAUUGAAAAA